AUGAAGCCGAUGGAAGCCAAAGAAGUCGCAGUCCUGGUGAAAAAUCUGGAGAAGUCGAAACACAAUGACAGUACAGUACUGGAAAUUUUGCUAAAAUUGAAUCGAGAGGUUGUUCCUACGGAAAAACUUUUAAGAGAAACGAAAGUUGGUGUGGAGGUUAACAAAUUCAAGAAAUCUAGCAAUGAACAAAUUGCGAAAGUUGUGAAAAAGAUGAUUUCAUCUUGGAAAGAUACCAUUAAUAAGAAUAAGAAAUUAAGGCUACAACAGCAAAAGGAAGCUGAAGCAGCAAAAUUGAACUCGAAUCAAAACGGGUCCAAUACAACUACUCAAGUUCCGGAUUCUAAUUUAUCAUCUCCACAGAAACAAAAUAGAUACGUAUCAACGAAACCUAGAAAUAGUAAAAAUGAUGGUGUCAAUACUACGAUAUACGGAGUCAAGUUACGUGAUUCAGUGAUAAGAGCGUUAUAUGAUGCAUUAGCUAAGGGAAGUGAGCAUCCACCAAAUUCUAUUCUACAUACAGUGAAAUCUAUUGAAUCAGAAAUGUUUAAAUUAAAUAAUUGUACGGAAAAUGAAAAAGCUUAUAAAGAAAAAUAUAGAAUCAUUUACUCUAACAUUAUUUCGAAGAACAACGCUGAUUUGAAAAAUAAAAUCGCAAAUAAUGACAUAUCGCCCGAAUACCUAGUUACAUGUGAUCCAAAGGAACUAGCUCCUGAACAUUUGAAGCAAAAAUUAGAAGAGAUCAAGAAACAAAAUUUAUUUAACGCUCAAGGUGCUACUAUUGAAAGAUCUGUCACGGAUAGAUUCACUUGUGGUAAAUGUAAAGAGAAGAAGGUAUCAUAUUAUCAAUUGCAAACAAGGUCCGCUGAUGAACCGUUAACUACAUUCUGUACAUGUGAAGCAUGUGGGAAUAGAUGGAAGUUCUCUUAA